AUGGCCUCAUUUCUGCACCGAAGGCUCCAUCCAGUGGCCUCAUGCAUACUGGCUGCCGACACAUCCUUUUCAACGCAACAGCUCCGAAUACCAGACCGCGAACUCGACUCAAAGAAAUUCAAAAUGGGCUUGGUCAACGCUAAGAACAACGUGCCCAAGCACCAGCGCUUCUACCAGCAAGCCUACAAGGCUCACACUCGUCUCUGGAUGAUUAACAGCCGGAGCCGCUGGUACAUGACUCCCUACCUCAUUUGUCUUUGGGGUACAUUUGGAGCUACUCUGUACGCUGCUGGUCGUAAGAUCACCGGCCACAACACCUACUUCGGCAAGGAUUAA